AUUUGAAAUUUGAAAGUCGGUUACUGUUGCUCUGUGGUUUGUAGUCGCGCGCGUGUCAGUGAAUUAGUUCCUGCGCUCAUAAGUUUAAUUCAGAUAGUUUGAAGCAUCUUCUGUCAUUUACGAGGGCCAGUGAUUUGUUACAGUUGAAGGCAGAUCUGUUUGUAUUUUAGUUUAAUUUGCUUCGUGAAAGAGGUAACGUUAAACAGUAAAAAUGGCUGGAACAGAAGGACCUCUGAAGAGUUUGUUUGAGAAUAAGGCUCUCAGUAAGACCAAGAAAGAUGACAAGCGUCUGUCUGUGGAAAGGAUCUAUCAGAAGAAGACCCAACUGGAGCAUAUUCUGCUCCGGCCUGACACCUACAUAGGCUCUGUGGAGCCUGUUACUCAGCAAAUGUGGGUGUUUGAUGAGGAUAUGGGAAUGAACUGCAGAGACAUCACGUAUGUCCCAGGACUCUACAAGAUCUUUGACGAGAUUCUGGUGAAUGCUGCUGAUAACAAACAGAGGGACAAAGCUAUGAACUGCAUCAAGGUUAACAUUGACUCGGAGAAUAACACCAUCAGUGUGUGGAACAACGGAAAGGGUAUUCCUGUGGUUGAGCACAAGGUGGAAAAGGUGUAUGUUCCUGCUCUUAUCUUCGGGCAACUCCUGACCUCCAGUAACUAUGAUGAUGAUGAGAAGAAGGUCACAGGUGGCCGUAAUGGAUACGGUGCGAAGCUGUGUAACAUCUUCAGCAUCAAGUUCACGGUGGAGACUGCGUGUCGAGAGUCAAAACACUUUUUCAAACAGACAUGGGCAGAGUCAGUGGAGAAGCUGAACCCUGUUGCUCCAGCUAAUCCAGCUGUCCCACCCCCGACCCUGCCCAAACCCGCAGGCAAGUGA